AUGGAGCAAAAGUUUAAUAAGCUAUUCAAUUCCCUUAACAUAAACAAUAAGAUUGGUUUCGGCCCUAGCGAAACCGAUCAUCCGCAAAUUGGCUUCAAAGUCACGUACAGCGAAAAUGAAAAAGUGCUCAGAAUUAAAGUUAUUGGUGCCAGGAAAUUGCCCGCAGUCUAUGGAAGUAUCAAGCCUAAAGGAUAUCUUGUCAAGGUAACAGUUUUCCCAGAAAAAGAAAAAUUCGAAACAAAAAUCGUAGUCAACCCAACCCCAAUAUUCAACGAAGAAUUCAUUUUUCCCCUAACAUCCCCCUAUACGAGCCGAUCUGAUCCCCUAAAAGGCAAAUUCAUAUCUUUCACAAUCUACGCCAACUUGGAGGACGAACAAGAAACCUCAGGAACGACGCCAAAACACGUACUGAAAAGAUUUUUUUCCUUCAAUGAGAACAACACCGAUCUAGUUGAGUUGAGAAAAAAGUCGGUGAGGACUUCCGGUAGGAAGAGUUACAGGAAUUCUUUGAAUAAUAGGAGGACGGUCGGAGCUGUAACGUAUUAUUUGGACAGUAAGGUUUUUACGCAGAAUAUUUCUGGAAAAGAGGUUAGUACUCCCGAUAUAUGGAGGACUGUUAAGGAUAUUACUGGUGGAACUAUUGCAGCAACAAGGGAUGGAAACAAAGGCAGUGUAGAAAUAAGUCUUCAAUACGCAGUAAGUGAAGAUGGAAAUAAUGAUGUUGUGGAAAUCAGUGUAACAAAAUUCAGAUGUAGUGUACAGACAAUGCAGGAUCACGAAAAAGUUGGAGGUCAAUUAUACAUCAAAAUAACAGCAUUCGAGCGGGAAGAUCUGGUGCAAAAAAUGAAAAGCGACAAAUUUGAGCCCACGAUAAGUCUAAAGCUAGACGAAUCCACUUCUACACUUAGAGCGACUGUGACGCAGUAUAAUUUAAAUUACGUUAAAAUUUUAGUGAGGCUUAUCUCGAGAAACAUGGUUGGGAAGAAAGAAGUGCUGGGGAAAAUUGAAAUCGACAAAAACAGCGAGGUUUGGAAGGAAAUAGUUUCCAAACCGUCGGAAAAAAUUACCAGAAUGAUGAAUUUACAGUAA